CCUGUUGGUUCUCCUUUCUAAAUACACACUACCAUUGUAUCUGUGCGAUCACUUCCCAUCAACCAGUUGGCGCAGUUCACAUCAUCUUGAUUUUGAAAUUUGGUUCACUUCACUUGGAUUUCCCAUUAGCAAGCAUUCACCAUGGAUCGUAUCAAGGAGAAAAUGAACACUCUCCGCAUUGAGGCGGAUGAGAAUGCUGCAAAGGCGGAAGAACUCAAAGCGAAAGUCAAGCAGUUGGAGCAAGAGAACCUUCAAAAAGAACAAGAGAUCACUUCCCUCACACACCGCAAUGGCCUUCUGGAGUCCGAAGUCGAGAAACUAGAAACUGCCAUCAAGGAUGCCAAAGCUGCGGCUGGUGAAGCCUCGGAACACAGCAAUCUCAACGAAUCACUCCAGCGGAAACUUCAAGUGCUCGAGGAAGAAGCCGAGGUUGCCGACAAGACCUUGCGAGAGACCAACGAGAAGCUGCGUCAAACCGAUGUCAAGGCGGGCCACUUCGAACGCAAAGUUCAAGCCUUGGAACAAGCACGCGAUGAAUGGGAGGCCAAAUACGAGGAGAUGGCCAAGAAGCACGCAGACCUUCAAAAGGAACUCCAAGAAUUGGAGCAGAGCAUGGGAAAUAUUUAAUUUGGGCGAGCACAGGGUGUUUAUGUCUUGUGAAGGGCCACGAAAGAUGUUGUCGGCAAGCGGAUGGCAGCGCGAUGCAUAGACAACGACAUACCUACGAUACCAUGGGGCAUUCGGUAAUUGACCAGCGUUGACAGUUUUGUUGUUUUCAACAGGAAUCAACACGUAUCAUCCACCA